CAAGACGCCAUGGCCCGUACCAAGCAGACUGCCCGUAAAUCCACCGGAGGUAAGGCUCCUCGUAAACAGCUGGCCACCAAAGCUGCCCGCAAGAGUGCCCCUUCCACUGGUGGAGUGAAGAAGCCCCAUCGUUACAGGCCCGGAACUGUGGCUCUGCGUGAGAUCCGUCGGUACCAGAAGUCCACUGAGCUGCUGAUCCGCAAGCUGCCCUUCCAGCGCCUGGUGAGAGAAAUCGCCCAGGACUUCAAGACGGACCUGCGUUUCCAGAGUGCGGCCAUUGGAGCUCUGCAGGAGGCCAGCGAAGCAUACCUGGUGGGCCUGUUUGAGGACACCAACCUGUGCGCCAUCCAUGCCAAGCGUGUCACCAUCAUGCCCAAAGACAUCCAGCUGGCACGCCGCAUCCGCGGGGAGCGUGCUUAAAUGCCUCUCCCUCCGCCUCCUCCCUGCCCUCCCUCCUUCUCUCCUAUGACCAGUCCGUCUUUCCCCCUCUUUCUUAAGUAUUUUCUAGAGUAACAAUGAUUAUGGAAAAAAAGAAUUAAAUGUGUAGUCUUGUCUCCUUAUAGUGCUCUUGCCAGCAAAGUUUUAGGGGUACUCUUUUUGUCUAUGUACUAGCUUAUUGCGCAUCGCACAAACCCACUUAAAGAAAUGGGUCACUGUGUGACUUUAUUCCAUGUGCUAGUAAAGGUACAUGAGCCUCUGUCUAGUGUGGACAUGGUCUUUUGUUAUGCACGAGGGUCUCAAAUCCAAACACGGCGCUAAAGGCAUCAAGUGUAAUUUCCUUUAUUUCUUUUUUUUGAUAUUCAUAACAGGACGAGCAUUUCCGCAGCGUGAGAUGGAUUGGAGCGGUGACAUCAGAGAGUCUGUUGUGGGGGUAGUAGGAGGGUUAGAAGUUAGAGGAAACUAGUUCCUUCUCAGGGUGCUGGAUCCCCAAAAGGCUGCCGAUUCUGCAACAGUUCUGGGCCGGGUUCUGAUCCGACCCGCCUCGGAUCAAGCAGGUCCGGUCCAGAUCUGUUUUCAGUCUCUGUUGCAUUCUGGGAAAAUACCCGCCUAUGCCCAAAACAAACGAGACUAGGAGACAUGUGCGUGUGUUUCUCUACUGAUCACUUUGGGUGAGCAUUUGUUUUGUUUGUUUCAAAUGAAGUGCUUUAUUACUAUUUUUUUGGUAUCGUUGUUUGGUUUGAUUAGUCUUUUCUUUUUAAUCUCCAGCAUUUAAGAAUCUUAUUACAUGCAAGGUGUUCCUUUUUGACCAUAAGAACAUUUAUAUGUAUGGAAACAACUGCAAACUGUACUUUAUAUUGUGGAAAGGGAAUGAUUUUUAAUCUCCUUUUGUAGUAGACUUUGUUGGAAAUAAUAAAAGUAUCAGUAAAUGAGUCAUCCUUAUAUGUAGCACUGGUGUAUUCAUACAAAAAAAGUUUUAUUCCUGAUGGCUACUCGAUUAUCUUCCCUUUUAUCCAGAUUACAAGUUUUGGUAUUUCGUCUCAGGUUGGUUUGAAACCUUUUAUUUUUAAACUGUUCACUUUUUUUAAGUUGUCAUUAAAAAAUGUUAUAUUCUGAUGUUUCAUGCAGAUGGAAUAAUAAAUUGAUGUUACUCAA